ACCCUUAAUAUAAGUUAAAGCUGGUUCUAGAGUUAGGCCCAAUGGCCCAUAAACCCUUUUGUUUCUCUCUUUAUCUCCUCUCUCGCGAACUCUGAGGAGAAGAAAGAUCACGGACGAUUCCAAUGGCGUCGAUUCUGGGGGAUUUACCUUCCUUCGAUCCUCACAAUUUCAGUCAACAUCGUCCCUCCGAUCCUUCUAAUCCCUCUAGGAUGGUUCCUACCACCUAUCGUCCUACUCACAAUCGUACACUUCCACCACCAGAUCAAGUGAUAACUACAGAAGUGAAAAACAUACUUAUACGCAGCUUCUAUCAACGAGCUGAAGAAAAGUUAAGACCAAAGAGACCGGCUACAGAUCAUCUGGCAGCCGAGCACGUGAACAAGCAUUUCCGCGCCGCGUCUUCUUCAUCUUCUACUCAGGGCUUAUAAAAAACUUACCCUGGUGAGCCUAUGAUAAUGGUCAUUGUGUAUGAGUUCUUAUUAGCAUUUUCAAUGUAGAGAAAGAAAGAAAGAAAGAUAAGAGCAGUUCAUGUAGAGAAAUUGUGUAUGUACAUAUUUCAAAUCGAAGAGUAUCAUAUGCAAGGCUAAA